AUGCAGGACAUCAUUGAUCAAGCCAAAUUAAUUCCCCAAUUAGUACAACCAACCAUGCCUCCUACUCCCGGCAUCGUAGAUAGUACCACAGAAAUUACCACAGAAACAGGAACAGCAGUCGAAAACACUGCCACUCAAAGCCUGAACAUCAAACAGAAUGCCGGCUAUGCCCAACAAGUAGCAAUGGCACCAGAAAAUGCAGAUUUAGUUAGGAAAAUAACGGAGCAUGUUCGUUCCGCAAUGCGUCAAGCGGCUGAUUACCAAAGUAGCCUCGAAGCAAAUUAUUCGAUCUAUUGGGGUGAGGACAGAAAAGAGUUUAUUCGUCAAUUCUGCCGCUAUGGUAGGCUCCUGACUAAAGACGACCUAGGACCAACUGGAGAAAUCGAACUGCCGGAAAAUCCUCCGACAUUGGAGCAGUUUAGAGAACAGAUUUUGAAAUACGAUAGAGUCUAUGAAGAAGUUGAAAGGAUAGAAGAUACUCGCCUCUUUGACUCUUGGUUAAAGGCGGAUUUGAAGCCAUUUAAGCAAUCAUUAUUGGCUGUGAUUCGGCAAUGGAGUGACAAGUUUAAACAAUAUUUGGUUGAUCAUGUCACAUCAACUUUAAAUGGAUUAUCGCUGUUUAUUGAUGACAGCACAACUGACCUAAAACUUGAAGGCGAGGCAGAAGAAGUUGGUUACAACAAGCUAGUAACCGUGCUUGAAAGACUGAAACUUAUUCGUGAAGCCGAAGAUGCUACUGAUGCUGGCUUUGAACCGCUUAGAGAGACAGUUGCGAUGCUGAAAGAGUUUGGCGAGGAGCUUCCAGAUGCAAUGACAAAGUUGUUAGAGUUCUUACCGGAGCAAUGGCAUGAACUCAAGAACGUAGCUAUUCUAACCAAACAGAAGGUGCAACCAUUGCAGGAACAAGAAGUUCAGAAUAUCCGCCUAAUGAGUCAACGCUACGAUCAAGAUUCAGCACGCUUGAGAUCUGAAUUCAGUGAAGCAGAUGUAUUUCUGUUUAAUUGUGAGGAACCCUACAUCGUUCUAGAUCAGGUUAGCCCUCUUAAUGUAAUUGCAAGCAUGCAAUCGUAG